AUGCCUCGAGGCCCGAAUCCCAGCCAAGCCGCAUCUCGGCGGACAACCCCGAGCCGUACUCGUGCUGCGGCAAGAGACCCGUCUAAAGUGGUCAUCGCCUGCUUGACCUGCCGCCAGCGAAAGGUCAAGUGCUCCGGCACAAAUCCGUGCUCCUACUGCUCGAAGCGCGAACUAGAUUGUAGCUUCUCCGAGCAUGGGAAGAGGCGAGCUUACUCAGUAGCGAGAAUCGAGUAUCUGGAAGCGCGCUUGGCUCGUUAUGAGAAUGCAACUCCCGCGCUAAGCCCUGUCUCGCAAAUAGACGACGCAGUUCGCCCACCGCUCGAAGGCCCACGGACGAAAACGCCCACUCCAUCAAGAGCUCGUCGGAACUCUAUACGAAUUGGCAACAGCUCAUUCCUCGUAGACUCACUCGGCCCUCCUGCAGGUAUUCCUCCAGAAUUGGGAGAAAGUGCUACUGUAUGCGCGUCGGAGCCGUCUCCCGCUUCGGCAAUUGCUGCAGACUCAUCACUGAGCUCUAGCUACGCCUUUGGAUCCAGAGUCCAGAGUCUGCUCGAUGGGUCCAGAUCAGCUCCACGACGGGACUAUGCUGCAUGUACUACCGAUCAGCUACUAGUACCAAAACCUAGGAGCACUCAUGUAUUCGACAUACCUUCACUACCUACUGAGCAGGAAGCAUUCGGGCUACUGGAAACGCUUGUAAUAUACAUCGGACACACCCAGAAUUACGUCGACGCGCGGGAAAUCUCUGACAAGAUCGGCCUUCUCUAUGCGAAUAAGAAUGACACCACAAUCGCUGAAAGCCUUUGGACUCUGGAGAUCCUCAUAAUCUGUGCCAUUGCAAGACUCUUCAAGGGCGACUUUGGAGGCGAUGCACAUAGGACGGACCCAUACCCAGGCUAUGCCCUCUUUGACUUUGUCAGGGACCGCAUUCCACCUCUGGGCCAGCUGUAUAACGUUGGACGGGCUGGGGUUGAAGUCCUCGCUUUGGUCGCCGUAUACCUCCAGAACAUUUACUGCAAGGAGGAGGCAUACAUAAGCACCGCUCUGCGACUCGCAGUUUCCCACGGCUACCACCGCCAGUCUACCUCUGGGCGGUUCUUGCAGUCGGAGGCUACGCAUAUAAAUCGUCUAUGGUGGUCAAUCUACUCUCAGGAGAGACGCAUAGCGGCUGCCACUGGAAGCCCCCAGGGUAUCAGCGAUAGUGUCAUUGAGCAGCCGUUACCAACGGACUCGAUUGGAUUUACCCCAGCUGCGCCGAUGCGAACAAGUAUAAAGCUGGCUCGUGUUUACGGGCAAAUAAUGACGGUGCUAUAUGGCUCAACGCUUCAAACAGAGGAUACCUUCAUCUCAAACGUGCAAAGCAUCAUCAGAAGCUUGUAUGAUAUAUCAGAUGAAAUCCCGCUAGGGCUGGCAACUGGUAUGCCGAAGCUGGGGCACGACCUGUCGUUGAGGACUUCUGCUGCGCUGCAUCUGAUGUUUUACCAGGCUCUCCUGUUAACGAUCCGCCCCGUCAUGCUACACAUCGCCCAAUUAAUCCUCAGCGGAAAACCACCACUACCGAGCAUCCUCUAUUCGUCACCAUUAGGAAAACUCUGUCGAACAUGCACAGAAGCCGCAAGAAGACUCCUGAAAGUCCUAAUGACACUCCGCCAACAUAACUGCAUAGCCCUCUUCGGCUUCUUCGACUUCGACGGCAUAUUCUCCGUAACGUUCAUCAUGAUCCUAACCGCAAUCCUAGACUCCGCCUGCAAAGACCCCUCGCAGCAAAUCCACCCAGCACCCGGUCUCGCCGAAGCCCUCGAUCUAAUCCAGUACGUCGCAAACCACCAUAAUACAUUCGCAGCGCAGUGGUUGCGCGAGAUUAGAGGGACCUGGGCGCAGCUUUGCACGCGCCUUGAUAUGCCGGACGGGUAUAGGGCUAUUGAGAGGAGGUUAGGGUUCCCGGUUCAGGCUUCUACUGCCGGACCCAGAGGAGACUCCACUGGCAGCCGUGGAAACGGCUCACCGGUGGAUGCGGCGGAGUCUGGUAACGCGUCCUCGUCGCUUUCCGUUCAUAAUACUAGUAAUGGUAGCGGUGCGUACGAGGAAAACACCACACCGUUUCGCAGUGGGAAUCCGGGUGGCAGUGGCUUCUUGAACGGGGAUUCAGGUGGUGUACCGGACGUUGGUGCCGCCGCACCGGAUCCCCAGUCCCAGUCUAUCCUCGCGGACUUGGAUAUCUGGAGUGAUAUCAAUCACCUGUGGGCGCCUCUUCCGGAGGAUUGGGGGGAGGUGUUUCAACAGGAUGAUGAUGAUGAUAAUGAUGAUGCGGCUGCUAGUGCGAUUCCGCAAAGCCUGUAUCAGAAUAUCUACGGGAGUAGGGAGUGGACAUUCACUGGCGAGGACAUGGGUGAUUUUGCGGAGUUGGGGAGGCAUGUUGGUGGUGCUUUGUAG